AUGAUACGUGCUACACAUUCAGACUUUUCUUUCUUUCUUUCUUUCUUUCUUUCUUUCUUUUCUUUUCAUUUUCUUUCUUUCUUUUUUCUUUCUUUCUCUGAUGAUAACACCAUAGGACAUGAUACGUGCUACACAUUCAGACCACUUCUUUCUUUUCUUUCUUUCUUUCUUCUUUCUUUUUUUUCUUUCUUUCUUUCUUUCUCUGAUGAUAACACCAUAGGACAUGAUACGUGCUACACAUUCAGUCCACUUCUUUCUUUCUUUCUUUCUUUCUCUGAUGAUAACACCAUAGGACAUGAUCCGUGCUACACAUUCAGACCACUUUUUCUUUCUUUCUUUUUUUCUUUAUUUCUUUCUUUUUUUCUUUCUUUCUCUGAUGAUAACACCAUAGGACAUGAUACGUGCUACACAUUCAGACCACUUCUUUCUUUCUUUCUUUCUUUCUUUCUUUCUUUCUUUUCUUUCUUUCUUUCUUUCUUUUUCUCUAGUAAUAACACCAUAGGACAUGAUACGUGCUACACAUUCAGACCACUUCUUUCUUUCUUUUUUCUUUCUUUUUCUUUGAUAACACCAUAG